GUAAGAUCGUUCGACUGUUCCGAGAGGAAGAAGUGCCCCAUCACACUUUUCCUCUCCCUUCGGAACGGAACAUCCACGCUAUGGUUCGGGGAGUUCCCGGCAACUUUUCGGAUUCUGAGAUUAAGGAAGAACUUAAGCAGAGGAGAUCUAGCCCUCUCCAUUGGCGGCGCGCCCAUGGCUUUGGUGGUCGUGAGUCUGCCCACGAGUGAAAAGUCCCAGCAAGUAUUCAAUGAACACGAACUGCUGGGACUGGCCAUUCGAGUUGAGGUUCGGAAGAACUCCA